CCUGUUCUGACCUGCUGAGCAGGUUCCCAAGUUUCUGCCGUCGUUGUUGGCCACGGCGUGGGAAGCAGCUCUGGGGGAGCUCGGAGCUCCCCAGUUACGGCCUUUCUGGGGGGCAGCUGUGGCUGGGUGGGUGGAACAGAGCUGGGUCCCCUAGUGGAGACCCGAGUGGGAAAGGCAAGUGUGGCUGUGGCUUUGUGGCUUCCUGCCUUGUCUACAGCUUCCUGCCUUCUGGGUCGGUGCCUUAUCCAGCUCUAGAGCCGGCUCCCAGGGAGAACUCGGUGGAACUUCAGAAACGCUGGACAGGUCUGCCUUUCAACCGCUGCCCCUGGCCCUGGGAGCCGAGAUGUGGGGGCCUGAGGCCUGGCUGCUGCUGCUGCUCCUGGCAUCCUUUCCAGGCCGAUGCCCCGCCAGCGAACUGGAAACCUCGGACUUGGUGACGGUGGUGCUGGGCCAGGACGCAAAGCUGCCCUGCUUCUACCGAGGGGAUCCUGGCGAGCAGGUGGGGCAGGUUGCAUGGGCUCGGGUGGACGCAAACGAGGGUCCCCAGGAGCUGGCGCUCCUGCACGCCACAUACGGGCUUCACGUCAGCCCGGCUUACGAGGGUCGCGUGGAGCAGCCGCCGCCCCCGCGGGACCCCCUCGAUGGCUCCGUGCUGUUGCGCAACGCUGUGCAAGCCGACGAGGGCGAAUACGAGUGCCGGGUCAGCACCUUCCCCGCUGGCAGCUUCCAGGGGCGGCUGCGGCUCCGAGUGCUAGUGCCUCCUCUUCCCUCCCUGAACCCUGGCCCGCCACUCGAAGAGGGUCAGGGCCUGACCCUGGCAGCCUCCUGCACGGCUGAGGGCAGCCCGGCCCCCAGCGUGACCUGGGACACUGAGGUCAAAGGCACAGCGUCUAGCCGCUCCUUUGCACACUCGCGCUCUGCCGCCGUCACCUCCGAGUUCCACCUGGUGCCCAGUCGCAGCAUGAAUGGGCAGCCGCUGACCUGUGUGGUGUCCCAUCCCGGCCUGCUCCAGGACCAGAGAAUCACUCACACCCUCCAAGUGGCCUUCCUUGCUGAGGCCUCUGUGAGGGGCCUGGAGGACCAGAAGCUGUGGCACGUUGGCCGAGAAGGAGCCUCGCUCAAGUGCCUGAGUGAAGGGCAACCCCCUCCGUCAUACAACUGGACGCGGCUGAACGGGCCUCUGCCCAGCGGGGUACGAGUGGAAGGGGACACCUUGGGCUUCCCUGCGCUGACGGCCGAGCACAGCGGCAUCUACGUUUGCCACGUGAGCAACGAGCUGUCCUCCAGGGAGUCCCAGGUCACUGUGGAUGUUCUUGUAGAUGCUCAGGAGACCCCGGGGCAGAAGGUGGACCUGGUGUCGGCCUCGGUGGUGGUGGUGGGUGUGAUAGCGGCACUCUUGCUCUGCCUGCUGGUGUUGGUGGUGGUGCUCAUGUCUCGGUACCAUCGGCGCAAGGCCCAGCAGAUGACCCAGAAAUAUGAGGAGGAGCUGACCUUGACCCGGGAAAACUCCAUCCGGAGGCUGCAUUCCCAUCACACGGACCCCAGGAGCCAGCCGGAGGAGAGUGUAGGGCUGAGAGCCGAGGGUCACCCUGAUAGUCUCAAGGACAACAGUAGCUGCUCUGUGAUGAGUGAAGAGCCAGAGGGCCGCAGUUACUCCACGCUGACCACGGUGAGGGAGAUCGAAACGCAGACAGAACUGCUGUCUCCCAGCUCUGGGCGGACCGAGGAAGAGGAGGACAGAGAUGAAGGCAUCAAACAGGCCAUGAACCAUUUUGUUCAGGAGAAUGGGACCCUGCGAGCCAAGCCCACGGGCAAUGGCAUCUACAUCAAUGGGCGGGGACACCUGGUCUGACCCAGGCCCCCCCCCCCCGUCCCUCCCCUAGACCCUUCAGCUGACAUGGGGGAUUGUGGUUCAUCUUGGAGGGGACCUCCUUAAAAGUCCCCAUUUCUUGAGGAAGAUGCUCCCUGUCCCAGCGACUGCUCAACCUGUUCCUCCAGUCCUGUUCACUGUGUGUGUGUGUGGCGGGGGGGGGGGGUCUCCCCAGGGAGUCCCUCCCACCAUGUGUGUUCAGGUCACUGUGUGUGUUUGUGGUAUGUGUGUGUAUUCGCUGACUGCAAGGAGAGCCACUGGUAUUCCUGGUGUACAUUGGGUGCGCUGCAGUUUGGGCCACGGGCUUUGGGAAGCUGCCUGGGGCGCGCUGUCUGCGUGUGGCUGUGUGUGGCCUCUGCCUCUGAAUGCAGGUGUUUCCCUCAGACCCCAGAGCAGUAUUAAUGAUGCAGAGGUUGGAGGUGAGAGGUGAAGAAGGGGGGGCCAGAUCCAGGUGUGCGGGCAUGGCUGGAACUGGAGUCUGGCCCUCAGGGUGCAGGAGCUGGGUUCCUAUUAUCUGGGAGACCUGGAGCAAGCACGAUGUGGCCGCCCAGGGGACUGCCAGAGGACUGGAGUGUUCCAAAAGAAGUCCUCUGCCCUCUGGUGGCCUGUGGGCCUGCUGCACGAACAUAUUUCCUGUAAAUAGAUCUUCCCAGGGGAGUUUCUGGCAAGAACACUGCUCCACAUUCCCUAAUAUGAGAAACGACUUUAGGAAGAAGAAGCUUGAUAUGUUCUCAUAUUUGGGGUUGCUUAGCGGGAGGCCAGCCUCCAUAGGAAUUCAGAGUGGCCCUCACCAGGGCCCCAUCUUAGGAGGCUAAUUCCUGUGGUUCGGAUGUUGUUCCUUCUAGGACAAUCUUCAUCAGAACGGCACCUUGGCAGGGACGCUGGGAGCUGCUGGGGUCUGGAGUGGGGGUUGUGAAGCUAGGGAGGGGGAAUCAGCUGUGCCUGAACCACUGCCCCCUGACCCCAUGCCAUGGCCACCUUGUCCUGCCCUGGCCUCCUCUCUGGUGUUGGCUGCAUCCACGAUUGUGUGUGUUCCCUUAGGGUGGUUGUUGGGACUUGGUAACAAGCGCUCCUGGUUAGGGUGUGAGUAUGAGGGGGAGGGAGAAAAGGGGAAGUACAGGUGGGGUGAUCGAGGUGCUGGAGGUGAGAGUAUUUCGCUAAUUUGGGGCUGUUCUUGCAGGUUCUCUGGGCUGGAGGCUAGGGUUCAAGGACGUCUGCCCAAACACACUCAGCCAGUGUUCCCAGAUAUUGUGCCCAAAUUCUGCUUGGCCUGAAAUUCACUGAUUUCCAGACCAAAGGAGAGUGUCCCUCUGUUCCCCAGCCAGCCCAGACAGGACUCUGAGUGUGGGGCCCA